UCUAAGGUCUUACUGACUGGAUGCCGUUGUGUUGAGUUGGACUGCUGGGACGGAGACGAUGGGAGCCCUGUCAUCUACCACGGCCAUACGUUCACCACCAAAAUACCAUUCAGAAGAGUUGUGGAGACGAUCGCCAGAAGUGCGUUCGUGGCGUCUCCAUACCCUCUGAUACUGAGCAUCGAGAAUCAUUGUAGUCUACCGCAGCAACAAGUCAUGGCCAGCACUUUUGAGGCAGUUUUCGGAGACAAACUGGUCACUUCGUUUCUAUUCGAAGUGGAUUACACCGACGAGCCACGACUACCGAGUCCCGAGCAAUUGAAAUACAAGGUGUUGAUAAAGAACAAGAAGUUAUUGCCAGUGGAAUCAAGUCCAACUAUUGGCCUGACCGGGGCGAGUUCAGCUCAAGGUUACAGCGGAGUUCUAGCAACUGCGUUCAGGUCCAACGGAAUUCGGCACACCAGCUCCUCUCUCCCGGAGCAGAGCAACAGAACCAACUCUAUGAUGUCGCAGCAGUCAGCCGGAAGUUCUGUCACCGAGUAUUUCUCUGACGAGGAUUAUGAUGAGGACGACGAUGAGCUUGACGAAAAAGAGCUUCACAAAAUCCUAAGUUCGAUGGAAGAUAAAUGCGGCAGAACGUCUCUGUCGCUGUAUCAAAGCUACCGACGAAGCGAAGGAGAUUCAGAGAGUACCAGCGUGAAACAUUCUAACAGGAAGCGAAGCAAUCAAAUCGCAAGAGAACUCAGUGACAUGGUCACUUACGUUCAGGCUAUCAAAUUUCGAGGUCUCAACCCACUGUCUCCAAGGAACUCAGUAAAACAGCCAAGUAGCGCCAAAGAGAGUGCUCCGUGUAGCAGUUUCGAGUCUUCUGAGAGCAGCGACAGUACUAGCACGCAAAUAGCUCAGUCGCAGUCCCAGUCCCGCGCCCGAUGCCUGAACGCGCCGGCCGUGCACCACCCCUGCUACCGCUGCUCCUCCGUCAACGAGGCCAUUGGCAAGAAGAUCUGCAGGAAGCACCCCCUCGCACUCAUCGCCCACACAGAAACACAACUAGUCAGGACUUAUCCCGCGGGCCUAAGGAUUGACUCAUCGAACUUCGAUCCUGUAACGUUCUGGUCGUGCGGAGUGCAGCUGGUCGCCUUGAACUACCAAACAGAAGAUGCUGCUAUGGCCGUCAAUGCUGCGAUGUUUGAGAGCAAUGGAUGCGUGGGAUUUGUCAGGAAACCGGCUGUGAUGUGGGACCCCAGCCACAUAGCUUACAGGAGAUUCAAUCCAAUGGACAAAGAAUUCGACGGUAUACAUGCAUCUCAUCUAACUUUGGCCGUCAUAUCGGGACAGUACGUCGCCGAAAAUGUGUAUUCCUUCUACAACGCCUUUGCUGAGGUGGAAAUUCUUGGAGUGCCAGCAGACUGCAAGAAGAUACGGACCAAAGUCGCUAGAAGGAACGCUUUGAAUCCUGUCUGGAAUGAAACAUUUAAUUUUAAGAUCAACUUUCCAGAGCUAGCGUUCGUCAGAUUUGAGAUAUACGAUGCGGAUACCAACUAUAUGUUGUCACAGAGAGUUAUACCCCUGCAAAGCCUCAGACCUGGGUACAGGCACGUAAGACUACGGUCGCCAACUAACCAACCUCUCAACAUGGCCUCCCUGCUCAUCUUCUCGCGCUGUGCUGAAGAGUUGGCCGGAGAGAGUUGCAGAGGAGACCUGGAGCCGAGUUCUCCCCACGAAAGACGGAAAAUCCAUUUCCUGGUGGUCUAUGCAGUAUCAAGACAUGAGCCCUACUCGAUUUUAAAGGUCACCCAGGACACCACAGCUAAUGAGGCUAUAGCCCAGUGUCUAACCAAGGCGGGGGUGCCGGUCUUCGCGUGGCAGCUAUGUACUAGUGGAGGAAUCUCCGUCCAGGACUCCAACACAGUCAGCAUCAACAGAACGUCCCGCGAUAGAAGCGUGCCGUCAGACGAAGAGUCGAGCGCGCAUGAUGAAGAGAGAGCUCCGCCCGACGCGUACCUCGUCUGCGUACAUAACGUGUCGCAUGAAAUACCUUACGCUAUAUUGAAGGUUCCUUUAAACGCGACAGCAUCAUUUGUGGUCCACCAAGCAUUGACAAAGGCACGAUGUCAAGAUGACCCUAAGAGAUUUGUGUUAGUAGAAGAGCUGGAGUGGGGCGGCAGGGCCGGCGCUGGGCCGCAACAGAGAGCCCUCGCUGAUGACGAAGUGGUCUACACAGCUCAA